AUGGUCAUGGACUUCAGUCAUAGUGGUACUGCCUUCUUUUUGUUCACCCUUCUAAUCUCUUCUACUAAAGCUACAGAUCCUUGUGCCACUCAAUCAGACAACUCUGAUCUCUCAAUCAUUCCCAUCUAUAGCAAAUGCUCACCUUUCGUUCCACCCAAGCAAGACUCAUGGGUCAACACAGUCAUCACCAUGGCCUCAAAAGACCUAGAAAGGCUCAAAUAUUUAUCAACAAUUGCAGCCCAAAAGACCACUUCAGUCCCAAUUGCACCAGGCCAGCAGGUUCUAAACUCUGCUAACUAUGUGGUCCGGGUCAAAUUGGGUACCCCGGGUCAACAAAUGUUUAUGGUCCUUGACACUAGUAAUGACAAUGCAUGGGUACCCUGCUCAGGGUGCACCGGCUGCUCCACCACCACAUUCUCACCCAAUGCCUCUACGACUCUUGGGUCAUUGGACUGUUCCGCAGCCCAAUGCAGCCAAGUCCGUGGAUUUGCAUGCCCAGCUUCCGGGUCUUCCACGUGCCUUUUCAACCAAUCCUACGGCGGAGAUUCCUCCUUAUCAGCUGCUCUAGUGCAAGAUGCAAUAACAUUAGGCAAGGAUGUAAUUCCAGGUUUUACUUUUGGUUGCAUUAACUCCAUCUCUGGCAAGUCAAUACCACCCCAAGGGUUAUUGGGUCUGGGCCGUGGAUCCAUGUCGUUAAUUUCUCAAGCCGGGGCAAUCUACUCCGGUGUAUUCUCAUAUUGUUUACCCAGUUUCAAGAGCUACUACUUCUCGGGAUCUCUCAAACUGGGCCCUAUUGGUCAACCCAAGUCCAUUAGAACCACCCCGCUUCUACGGAGCCCACACCGUCCAUCAUUAUACUAUGUUAACCUAACCGGAGUUAGCGUGGGCCGGGUCAAAGUACCAAUUUCUCCAGAGCAACUUAUAUUUGACCCAAACACCGGAGCAGGGACCAUAAUCGACUCAGGUACUGUCAUAACGCGAUUCGUUCAACCCGUUUACACUGCCAUCCGCGAUGAGUUUAGAAUGCAAGUGAAAGGCCCAUUUUCAAGUCUAGGGGCCUUCGACACGUGUUUCGCUGCAACAAAUGAAGCAGUAGCUCCUGCAAUAACACUACACUUCACGGGCUUGAACUUGGUCCUGCCCAUGGAGAACAGCUUGAUACAUAGCAGUGCUGGGUCAUUAGCAUGCUUGUCUAUGGCUGCAACACCAAAUAAUGUGAAUUCAGUGUUGAAUGUUAUAGCCAAUUUGCAGCAGCAGAACCUUAGGAUUAUGUUUGACACGAUCAAUUCUCAUUUGGGAAUUGCUCGUGAGCUAUGUAACUAG